AUGGACGGCGAUUCUACCUCGGCUAACAAGUUUGUUCCAGAGUACAGACGUACGAACUUCAAAAACAAGGGCAGAUUUUCUGCAGAUGAGCUACGUCGCCGUAGGGAUACACAGCAGGUUGAACUGAGAAAAGCCAAGAGAGACGAGGCGUUGGCGAAAAGAAGAAACUUUGCUGCCCCUCCUGAUGGAGCAGACUCUGAAGAUGAGGACGAUGCAACCAACUCUGCUGAUCAACAGUUCUAUCAACAACUACAACAGGAGCUACCUCAAAUGAUUGAGCAAAUUCACUCCUCCGACUUACAAGAGCAGCUUAAUGCCACUGUUAAAUUCAGACAAAUUCUAUCCAGGGAGCACCGUCCACCUAUCGAUACCGUGAUCCAAUCAGGUGUGGUGCCAAACCUCGUGAACUUCAUGAACGAAAAUCAACCUGAGAUGUUACAACUUGAAGCAGCUUGGGCAUUGACCAAUAUUGCCUCAGGUACUUCUGAUCAAACAAAGGUGGUUGUAGAGGCUGGCGCUGUUCCUUUAUUUAUUCAGUUGCUGUAUUCUGGCUCAAUCGAAGUAAAAGAGCAAGCAAUCUGGGCUUUGGGUAAUGUGGCUGGUGACUCCACAGGUUACAGAGACUACGUCUUAGGCUGUGGUGCGAUGCAACCCAUUUUGGCGCUGUUCGAUUUAAACAAAACAUCCCUGAUUAGAACUGCCACUUGGACCUUAUCGAACUUGUGUAGAGGUAAGAAACCUCAACCCGACUGGAGUGUCGUCUCGCAAGCGCUACCUACUCUAGCAAAACUGAUCUACUCCAUGGAUACUGAGACUCUGGUUGAUGCAUGCUGGGCCAUUUCAUACCUCUCUGAUGGUCCUGCCAACGCCAUCCAGGCCGUCAUUGAUGCUAGAAUUCCAAAGAGACUCGUGGAGCUAUUGAACCAUCAGUCGACUUUAGUCCAAACUCCUGCAUUGAGAGCAGUGGGUAACAUCGUGACUGGUAACGAUUUGCAAACACAAGUAGUAAUCAAUUGUGGUGUUCUAGGUGCCUUGCGUAACUUGUUGACCUCCACUAAAGAAUCCAUAAGGAAAGAAGCAUGUUGGACUAUUUCCAACAUCACUGCAGGUAAUACUGAUCAAAUUCAAGCCGUUAUAGAUGCCAAUUUGAUUCCUCCUUUGGUAAAACUAUUAGAAACUGCUGAUUACAAGACAAAAAAAGAGGCCUGUUGGGCCGUCUCUAAUGCAUCUUCAGGGGGUUUACAAAAACCAGACAUUAUCAGAUACCUGGUUUCUCAAGGUUGCAUAAAACCUUUGUGUGAUCUUCUAGAAAUCGCAGAUAAUAGAAUCAUUGAGGUUACCCUUGAUGCGUUGGAAAACAUCCUAAAGAUGGGUGAGGCUGAUAAGGAAGCUCGUGGAUUACAUAUCAACGAAAAUGCCGAUUAUAUAGAAAAAGCUGGUGGUAUGGAGAAGAUCUUUAACUGUCAACAAAAUGAAAACGAAAAGAUUUACGAAAAGGCUUUCAAUAUCAUUGAGCAGUACUUUGGCGAGGAUGAUGACGCCCUGGACGAAAGCAUGGCGCCCCAAACCGCCGGAAACACGUUUGGUUUCGGUUCCAACAUUAAUCAACAAUUUAACUUCAAUUAG